GUGCGGGAUUCGGAUCCCAGCGACCCGAAGCGUGAGAACAUCGUCCAGCUAAUCGACGACUUCAAGAUCUCGGGCAUCAACGGCGUCCGUAUCCUUCCACGGGGAAUCCCACAAAACCACAGCUCCCUCUGUCCGAAUGACGCUGGGAUUACCGAAAGGACAGAGAGCGCGGUGUGGUUUUCCUUGUUUUUGAGCCCGCGUCUCCCUCCCCAGGUGCUGCAGGGCCUCGACUACCUCCACACCAAGUGCAAAAUCAUCCACACCGACAUCAAGCCGGAGAACAUCCUGUUGUGUGUGGACGAGGGUUACGUGCGGCGCCUGGCGGCUGAGGCGACUCUCUGGCAACAGGCCGGGGGGCCUCCCCCUUCCGGCUCUGCAGUCAGCUCCGCACCCCAGGAGAUCGUGAACGGGAAGAUGUCCAAGAACAAGCGGAAGAAGCUGAAGCGGAAGCAGAAACGGCAGAGCCAGCUGCUGGCCGAACGACUCCGGGACCUGCAGCAGCUGGAGGACUUGGCGACCAAUGCAGCAGGGGACGCAAGCGAGUCCACGGUAGCUCAAGACCUGAACAACGGAGCCCCCGUCCCUGUAGCAGGAGGAGCAGAGCCUUCCGGAGGGUCCUUGGCCUGCAGCCCCCAGAGCCUGACCUCGUCCUCUGGCUUCUACACGCACAACGCCUACGACAGCUGCAACGGGCACUCCCCGCCAGGCGCUACCAGCCGCCACUUCAGCCCCGAUUCGGCAACGUCAGGUUUCUCAGGAUCCGUCUUCUCCAGCUCAGCCAUGUCGGGCAUCUCGAACCAGCGGGAGCGUGGAGGGCUGCUCUCCCCCAGCACAUCCACUUUCGGGAUUUCCGAAUUCCUGGUGAACCCCUUGGACCCCCAAAAUGCGGACAAGAUCAGCGUGAAGAUAGCAGAUCUAGGCAACGCCUGUUGGGUGCACAAACAUUUCACGGAGGACAUCCAGACACGCCAGUAUCGGGCUCUAGAGGUUCUCAUCGGCGCCGUCUACAACACUCCGGCCGAUAUCUGGAGCACAGCAUGUAUGGCCUUUGAGCUGGCAACGGGCGAUUAUCUCUUUGAGCCGCACUCGGGUGAGGAUUAUACCAGGGACGAAGGCUGCUUCCUGGGCGUGGUCGAUCGGCACCGUCGAAGGAUGUUGUUUAACUUUUUAAAAUUAGCCUUGGGCUUCUUUGCAACUCCGCCCCUCCUUAAGGACUAA